AUGGUGGCAGACACCGGUGCCUGUUACCAGACCGUGAAGGUUACGGCGCUGGUGGAGAAGCCGUCGACACCGCCGAAGAGGCAGCCGUCGGCGCAGGCCGAGCCGUCGGCCUCUACGCCGUCACCCCCGAAGCAGCUGACGAGUUCUCCGGACCGGGACGCCAUCAAGCCGAAGCCCAUCUCACCGGUCGUGCGUCGGACCGCGAUGUCACCGCAACCGCCGGCAGGCGCCCGUCCGCAACAGGCCGUGCCGAAGCUGCGUGCAUCGCCAAUGCAGCAGCACCGUCAGCAGCAGCAGCAGCAACUACAACAACAGCAGCAGCUGCGGCAGCAGCAGCAGCAGCAACAACAGCAACAACAACAACAACAGCAGCAGCAGCAGCAGCAACAACAACAACAACAACAACAACAACAACAGCAGCAGCAGCAGCAGCAGCAGCAGCAGCAGAAGACGAAGAGCUCGGGACUGCGGAGGUUCCUGUCCCCGGCGGCCAGCCUGUUUGCGUCGGCCACGGGCAACAGUCCUCGCAACCGCAGGAGCCUCAGUGAGGACCGCAGCUCUAGGUCCUCCCCACUCCUGCUGAAACCACACAAGUCGAAGAAGCAGCAGCAGCAAAACGCACAGGAGGACGCCGUGCAGAGGCAGCCGCUGCUGGCGCAGAAGAAGUCCACGCCGCAGGCCGCAGCCGCCACACACGACGCCAAAAGGAAAGUCCACCCCACAUCAAAUGCUCCACUGGUGGAGACGGCGUUCCUCUCCGAGCCGAAGAAGCCGACGCCGACAGCGACGCAGCAGAACCUGCUCAACGCGGGGGCGGACUACCGCAACAAGCCGCUGCCCCCCGUGCCGCCCCACCGGACCUCCAGCCGUAGCAGCAGCGGCGCCGGCACCGCCCCCGUCCCCGCCCCCGUCCCCGUGCCCGCCCCCGUGGUGGCCGCCCCCACCGGAAGCAGCUCGCACAGCACUGCGCGGACCAUCCCCGACACGUCCCUCGUGCUGGAGGAGCGGCUGGACAGCAUCCGCCGCAGCCUCACGCCCACGCAGUACUCCAGGGGCGAGGUGCCCGCAGCUGCAGACUUUGCCGGCCGGCGGCAGCAGAAACGCUACCAGUCGCUGCCGCCCAUGUCGUCCCUGCCGGCGACGCGCCUGCAGCUGGAGGCGAUGGAGCGCGCGGCCCGCGGCUCGCCGCCCGCCUCGGAGUACCGGCCGGCGGGCAAACCGUCGGCUGCUGCCAGUCAGUCGGCGUACCGGCAGGUCCCUGCGAACUCCUCGGCCGGUAUCUACCAGAAUGUCCAGCAGACCAACAGGGCGAGGCAGCAGGCCAGCUACCCAGAGGCCUACUACCACGGCAAGCAGCACGACACCCAGUCGGACACGGAGGCCCUCCGGCAGAACCGGCCGCCCACGCAGCGCGGUCGCGGCGGGAGCGUCGCAUCGGACGGUGCCGACACGGUGCAGUCGUCGCGCAGCGUGGACGCCAGCUCGCCGUCAUCGUCGUCGACGGCGACAGUGGUCUCCUCGGCACAGCAGCAGCGGCAGAGGCCCGGGGAUGCGGUGGACGCGGCGGACGUGUCUCCUGGGGCGGCUGAGGUACAGAGGGUGAUGCAAGCCAGACCGCCUAUGGCGCUGCCGCCCCCGUCCGGUCGCAUGUCGGCCCCUCCGAGCACCGCCGACUGGCAGCGCCGCUACGGCCGCAUCCAGCAGCCGCUGCUGCAGUCGCCGCCCGCCCUCGUGCCCGUGUCGGCAGCCAUCAAGGUCACCAGGGAGCCCGUCUACAGCAACCUCUCGCAGGCGACGCCCUCGCAGCAGCCGCAGCGCCGGCAGCACGUGCCGCUGUCGCCCGUCUCCCCGCCGCCGGACGGCACGGUGCGCCUGAGCCGACGCGAGCUGGAGGCGCUCUACUGGCAGACGCAGAUGCUGCGUGAGGAGCUGGCCGCGCAGAAACGCUACCUCGGCAUGACCGGGCCCGCGCCCGCCUCCAACACGUCCGUCGCCUCCACUGCAACCGCGGGGAGCGGGGGCGGCGCGUACGUGUCCGUCCUGCCGCGGCCGCAGCCGGUGUACGCCAGCCCGCAGACGCAGCUGCCGCCCCAGCAGCACCGCCGCUCGCGCAGCAUGUCGCCGUCGCCGUACCACGGGCCCGUCUCUCCUGGCAGUGCCUACCCUCUGUACGCUUCCAACAGGAGCCUGAGCCUGAGCUUGCCGCGGGGCGCCGUGCUGCCGGAGCUGUACGACGUCCAGCAGCAGCCGUUCGUGCGCGGCGCGCCGUACCGCAACACCGUCGCCGGCAUCCGCAGCCACUCCGUUUCGGAGCGCACCUCCACCCCCACCAUAUACGAGGAGGCUGUGCACCAGCAGGCUGCGACUCCGCGGCGCGAGCAGAGCGCAGACGGGACUCCGCACCGCAGGAGCCGAGGCGUGGGAGCGGGCGAGGGGCCGCCACCCAUCUUCAAGAGGGGGUCGCUGCAGGGGCUGCCCGAGCCGGACGGUGCGGCCAGCUCCACGCCCAAGAGGGUCAGCUUCACGCCGGGAGAGGACGUGUCGCCGCGGCCCAACUGGCCCACCAGGAACGGGCCGGCAGCACAGCCUCCGACGAGGAACAGGGACAGUGUGGAGUCUGACGUGUUCCUGCCUAACUCGCCGCCGCCCGCCACGUCUGCGGCCAACUACGUGAACCUGUCCGACCUGGGCUACGCCUACGGCUACGGCUACGGUUACGGAACGUCUGUGGCUGCGGAGCGGCGCAGGCCGUACGGUGUCGUGGUCCGGCGCAGUGCCCCGCCCGGCUCCGUCAGCAGUCCCACCGGGACGACUCCCGACAGGCCACUCCCGCCUCUGCCGCCGAGUUCGAGCGGCGAGCUGUCCGGCAGCAACUCGUCAGUGUACGGAGUGGUCGUCCGCAAGCCGCAGCCGCAGCAGCAGCAGCCGGUGCAGCUGUCCCCGGACCGCUGGCAGUACCGCGCCGCGUUCCCGUCCCCCACCGGCAGGUGGCCGCAGUCCGAGUCCGAAUCCGGCAGCGAGGCGGGCGAGAUCCAGCGCAUCCUGGGCCGCGGCCGCAGCAGACCAGGUGUAGUACCGUUGAACGGAAACGGAUGGCCGGCGUCGGAAGUCCACCGGCGGUUUACAACACUAGGCUGAGGCGCGUCGUCUUCUCUAGCCGGGAGCAGCACGAGAGCGACCUGCGCUGGGUCAUCUUCUCCAGGAAGAACCACAAUCUGAGCAACGGGCCGGCGCGCCCCAAGUGCGACCGAAAGGAGAAUUCUCCGCCGGUCGCGCCCGAGCCCGGCCCAGCCGCCGGGUGCGGCAGCUUCUACGUGGGGAUGGACUCCCGAGACAGCAAGCGCGCCAUCGCGCACCAGCGCUACGUCGACGCGGCGCUCAGGUCUGUCAUAGACCUGCCGUGCCUCCAGCAGUACUAGGGACCGCCUCUUCUGUAGGCUCCGUCCUACAUUCUCCACUCUGUGUUUGUAGUUUUUUAAUUAUGCUGCACGUAGUUCCUAGAUUGUGCAUUGUAACUAAUUCUUCUCGUGUUGUUUUUUGUGUUUCUAACAAUCCGAGAGCCUCUCAAUACUUGUAUUUAGCACAUCUGUUUAGAGUUUAUGUGCUAAGAGCUUUCACAAAAAAAAAAGUGCCAGACGGGAAUAAUACAGUAAGUACUC